ACAAAUACAAAUGUAUCUGAAGGAUACAUUUCGCUGGCGAAAUGUGCUUCGUUAAAUCAAGUAUGCAACGAGUAGCUUUACGUACCAUUUGCAUGCACUUAAGAUACUUUCUUAGAGUGCAGAAUUUCAAAUACCCCUUUGCAAACGGGCGAAGGCGGGUAUAAUGUUGUCGUCUAACUCUAGCAGGCAACUCUAAGGCUGAUCUGGACUACAAACAGAUUCGCCAGCUGUUAUUUGGAGCUAUAGAAAAACUAGAUUGUUUAUUGCCUUCCAUUUGCUAAUUCAAAAGUAAUUCGUGGAUGUUUAUAUAAGUUAGGAGCUGAAUAAUUGGAAGAAAGCUUGACACGUCAGGUACUCUCAAGCAAAUAUUACUUUCCCACAGUUAAAAACAAGUAAGAGGUUCUAGACGGCAGUUCCCAUAUAAUAUUGAUAUGCGAUGUUGAUAAGAUUUAACUUAUUUGUAAUGUUAAAUCCCGCAAAUGUCAAGAUAUCUCAAGAAAUGUAGACGUGUUUCACUGAAGAACUUUAUUUUCGAUCGAUCAUGCCUACGAUAGCUAAAUGGUAUAAGGGUUCGGUCUAGUUGCGAUACAUGUACUAUCUACAACAGAAGAACCUAACUAAAGUCAAAGUCAGUUAACACUGAGAGAUAAGAUUUGACAAGAUUAAGAACAGUAUAUAUGUAUAUAUGUAUGUUAUAUGCUUUUCAAUAUUAUCUAUGUGUUAUAUUAUAGGGAUAUAUAAUUCAUUUUUGAUAUAUAAUUUUGAUUGUUCGUAUAUGCACCCAUUUCAUGGGCAUAUUCAAGCUUGGAAAAUCUUAAAAAUAUCGUAUAAUACACACACAAUAUUUUAAAGAAAUUCAAUUCGCAUGUUGUAGUGCUGUGGCAAGAAGAAGCUCAUGCGCUGUGUUAUGUGGGUAAAUGGAGGUCAGUGCUCAUCUUCGAGCUGCGUACAGGGUAUACUUUAGUAUGUUAGACUCGACCAAAUGUAUUUUAGUUUUUUUCAUAUAAUCUCCUAUGCAAAUGAGCUUUUAGAUUGGGCUAGGUAGCGCUAGCCAGCAGGUGAGACUGAGGCGAGACUCGCGCUAGCAUGCUCAUAAUUACAAUGGCUGUCGCCAGUAUUUUAGCCACGUGCGUGUGGCAGCUGUUGCAUCUGCAGCAACGGGCAGCAACAUGAACGUGUAGAUAUACAUGCAUUGUCGUUUGUGUCUAUGCGGCGCCAAACACACACCGAGCGUUAUUUACACUGCAUAUCUUAAGCUACCCCUGGCAUGUAUAUAUACAUGUAGAUACUUCUAUAUACUGGAGCAUGUUUGUGCGGUAAAUGUUUGUUGCCCCUGCUUGCAGCGGAAGGACGUAGAUGCAGGAUAAAAGAAGCAGCGGAUGCGGUAAGGCAACUCCCCUAAUCAAAUAUGCCAACAGCCAACAAACCAAGCCAGCACCAGGAGCCCAAGCAAAGGAUCUAUCUUAUUUACUUGAUGGCGCCCUCCCUUCCCCUCGCCGGCGUCCGCUUUGGCACAAUAAGCGGACGGGGCCUGACAAAACAGCUGUCAGCUGUUGUUGAGGAUCUGCGCUGUCAUUGCAACGCAGUCGCAUCCUUGCAGCUCUUCUCUCUUCAUCUGCUCUCAUUUGGCUCUGCCGCAUGUGGCGCGUGCCACGAGCCUGCUGCCCGUUGUCUCUAAUCAAAUUUUAAUUUAAAUGUUCGAGCUAAAACUUUUCCAUUUGGCGAGCAGUAGAAGUCGCCAGCAUUUUCCAGAUAUGUGCUGCCCGCAAGGAUACAGCUCCUGGCUGUGCUUUAGCGUUGGUAAUGAACAUAUGCGAGAUCCUUUGACGGCGCAUCCUUUUAUGUCAAUGCAUAAAUUUUACAAUAACUAACUAUUGGUCGCUUGGGGGUAGAGCGAGGCGCAGCGUCUGCCGGUUGUCAAAGUUGGAUUUGAUUUGUAGUUUUGUGGGUACCGUCGCCGCUGGGGCGAAAUCCAAUUAAGUUGGCCAACAUAGGCUGGCCACAGGCACACAGUCGGGACAGUUGGCGUGGUGGGAGAGGUGGUGUACAUAUACACACUAUUGACACUCGAUAAGCGCACAGCAUAUGCUGUAACGGUCGCCAGAGCCAGGGGCGUUUCCAUAGAGUAUAUAGAACUUGAAAUAUGUGCAUGAAUGUUUGUGAGGUUUUUGCCGUCGCCUAUUUCGCUGUUAUGAAUUGAGUAAAUAUAAAUUCAAAAUACUGAUAAAACCUUGCAACGCCGGCUGCGGCAUGACCGAAAUUCGUUUCAACCCUCAUGUGGCAGUCGCAGUGGCAGCAGAGGCAGCAGCAGCAGCAACAGCAGCAGCAGCAGGAACAGGAGCAGAUGUUUCCAGCACAAGGGAACGCGCCAAACGACGCCUGCCGCCUGCCUCUUGUUGUUGUUGCUUUUGUUAUUGUUGUUGUUGUUGUUGUUGUUGUUCUACAGUUGUCUUGAGCUCAAUUAUUAUAUGUGUGCUUGUAUAUAAGCCAAGUAAAUGGUUAUAUUUUAUUCUAAAGGGGGGUCAGAGCAACGCACGCGUCGCUGCCGAUCCACUCGACUGCGCGCCGGCGCAGGAAAUUGCAAGCCGAGAAGCGACUGACAGCCCGCGUCGCAGUUCAGUCGAGACGCAGUUGUCGUGCCGUGCGGAUCAGUCAGCCAGUCAGCCAGUCAGCCAGUUAGCUAGCCCACAGUAGUUACCAGUGAUCGUGAACGUGUGCAGUGACAGUGAAAACCCUUAGACACAUAUAUUCAAGUACAGUGCGGCCAUGUCUAAGCACAACUAUACGAAUCCGGCUUUCUGCCAGAACAGCGAGUUCUAUCCGGUGCCGUCGAGCAAUAGGGUUGAGUCCAUAUACAAUCGUAGCCUGCAGCUUAACUUUAGUGCGGUCUCCCGACCUGGUCAGGUGCCGGCUGCACCCUGUCGCGAUCCGCGCGAGGGACCGCUGCGCAUGCAGCGUAGCAUGUCGACGCGUUCGGUGACGCGUAAACAGUACCAGCAGCAGCAACAACAGCAGCAGCAGCAACAGCAGCAGCAGCAACAGCAGCAACAGUCAGCCAGUGGCCGAUAUGCAUUGGUGCCGCUGGAGGAGCUGGGCGCCGUGGCCAGUCGCUAUGCCAUUGUGCCGGGACAGGCAGCACAGCGUUUGGCCCGCUCGCAGGAUAAUCUGGAUCGCUAUGGCUCGAGGCAAGGCCUGCAGUCGGACGAGGAGCCGCACUCGUUUCAUGAGGAGCCGCAUCAGCAGCAGGAGACGCAGUUCGCCAGCUUGCCGCCCACAUUGAACGCGUUGCCGCCGAAGCCGGCGCCCAAGAUCAAGCACGCAUUCUCCAGCGACUUUGGCAGCAAAACAUUUCUGAUUGUGGACAAGAACAGCAAUCAGCGCUAUCAGAUGGUGCCCACGGCGGAGGAUGAGGAGCUCGUUGACGAAAACCAGGAGAUCAUACAGAUGCACAAUGGACGCGCGCAUCGCUAUGCGGUCAUACCCACAGAAGCCGAUGAUGACGAUCUGGCGGAGGACUCUGCACACGCACAGCAGGAGACCUGCCUGAGCCACACGGAGCUCAGUCAACAGUUCAGCAUGCGCACAUCGACCCCGCAGCAGCGCAGUGCGGCAGCUGCAACGCGAGCGUUGCACGAACUGCUCACCACACCCCGCAAAAUGCAACCACCACCGCGUCUGGCACAUUCCACGCCCCGCAAUGCGGCCCACCACGAGCAGCUGCAGCGCGAGCGUCGCCUGCAGCUCUACCAAAGUCAGCAGCACAUUAACCUACACCAACAGGCCACCAUUUCGGUGGUGCCCUCUCCAGCGCUGCCGCUGCGUCAGCAGCGACUCUCGCCGCAGCGACUGCACUAUGAGACGGUGAAGUCGACGCCGAUGUCGGCGCCGGCAGCACAGCAACUGCCCAGUGACCGCACCAUGGCGGUGAUUAGUCCGCGUGUGCAGGGUCAGGGUCAGGGCCAGGAGCAGGAUCUGAGCAGCCUGCAGGGCAAGUCGAAUGUGAACAACAACUCCUAUCCACAGAAGCUGGCCAAUGCCACCAUUACGCUGGCCGUUGUGUCCCUGAUGCUUGUCCUGGGCAGCACCAUGAAUGCCGGCCUCAUCAUCUACAUGAUAGCCCACUUCGGCAAGUCCUUCUACCUGCAGUUCGGGCUGGUAGCCUCAUUUUGCGGCAUGGGUCUGGGUUUUCUUGGCUUUCGUUCGCGGCACUGCGAAUGGCUGCCAAACCGCAGCUACACCUCCGGCUACAUCUUGGUCACCAUCUUUUGCCUGUUCAAGUGCUGCGGCCUGCUGCUAAUUCUGGUGCUGGAUCCGUUUCCUGGACUGCCCCUGCACGAUGUCACCACGGGCGUCAUACUGGGCCUGUCCACAUUUACCAUGUUCUUUAUUGGCCUGGGCGUCAUUGGCAGCCUCUGGUGCUAUCGUCCGCCGCCCGAUAACCGCGUCAAUGUGGUCUAGGCGCUUCUCUUUUUUUAGUCUUAAUCUAGCUCAUAGUUUGUUUUAGUUUUAGUUUCAGUUACAGUUUUCCUUUUAGCGAGCGGCAUCCGUAACGGCUAGGCGACCAAAAAAAAUAUUCAUAAUUAAAAACGCGCGCGAAAUUCCAGCAGCGAAUUUUGUUUUCAAGACUGUAUAUAUCGAAUCAUAGGGCUAACCUAUGCAAACAUGGGUUGUAAUUAUAUCUAAGGCAUCUACAAUUGUUGUGAGAGAAAGUAAAUUAUAUUUUCAAUUAUUUAUUCUAAGCUUGGCACAUUGCAUCAAAUAAAGUUAACAACAAACGCACAAACUUAAAAA